GAAAGUUGUUUCCUGAAGUUGACAUUGCGCUGCUAAUUUCCACACCUAAGUCCUGGUGCUCGUACAAAAAAACAUUAAAUAAAAAAAAAUUAAAAUGACCUCGACAGGUUUGCCGGACUUCUCUUGGUAGCCGUCUUCCUCGUCAGCCGGUGAGCUGCUUCUGAUGGAGCUGUCCGACGAGAGGAUGAGCUCUAAGAGUGAAGACACAGAGACGGGCCUGCAGGCCCAGCUAGCCGAGUGCCGAGCUCAGGUCGAGCAUUGGCAGGGUGUGGCGACGAUCUGUGAGCUCAGCAAACAGGAGGAACUGGCAGAGCUGCAAAAACAAUGUGAUCAAGAGAUCCAGUCUCUGCAGGAGGCUCUCAGAGAGACAGUAGCGCAGUAUGAGGCCAGGAUAGCUGUUCUUCAGUCUCAGCCUGUGGAGUGGAGGAGAGCCAGUGGACAGAACAUGAUCGGUGGAAGAAAAGGCAAGAUGGAUGCUGAAGUCUCUGGUAAUGAAUCCUUAACAUCGAUCAACAACAGCCUGACGGAGGCUGAGGCGACAGCAUCAACAGACAGGACACUACCAGCAGAUCUCGAGGUGUUGGCAGAGGGAGAAGGGGCUCCGCUUACGACAGAAGGGUAUUUUUCACUGCGACACUGCGACUCGGCCUCGCUGUCCUCCUUCUCCUUAGACACGCCCUCCUUGCCCAGGAAGCUCCACGCUCAGGAAGACACAGACUCUCUGGUGUCCACAGGAACUUUGGUGCCUGAAGCCAUUUACCUGCCGCCAGCUGGACACCGGCUGGUCACACACAGCGACUGGGAUGCACUCAAUACUCAGGUAUCAGAGUUACGAGGGGAGGUGAGUCGGCUGCAGGCAGAGAAGGAGCAGCUGGAGAGAGAACUGGACACGCAGACCAACCACACACACAAACAGGUAACAAUGCUCCAGUCUCAGGUCCAGACUUCAGAGGCCCUCCUCCAGGAUUUGCAGAAAUCUUUUAGCCAAUCACAGAAUGCAGUCCAGAGCCGGCUGGCAGAGUUGUCCCUUUCUCAGAGGAAGAUGUGCAGCGAGUUGUCCAGACUGAAAGGGGAAGAGGUUGAGGACGACAUACCAGACUCCAGCUCAUCAUUCCUAGCGACACUGCAGGGGGCACACUGUGAGGAGCGCCUUCGCAUUGAGAUUGUCAACCUGAGGGAGCAGUUGGACACUCGAACAGAGGAGAACGAGGUUUUAGAAGUGCAGCUGUCCAGUCUGAAGACAGAGACAGAGAGGAUCCAGGCUCAGAAGGACCAGUUGCAGGCUGAAGUGCUGGCCUGCCGCACUGAGCUGGAAGCCCUGCGGGUGGCACUCUCUCAUGUGCAGAGCACCAACAAGGCUCUCAACAAUGAUAAAGAUGGCUUGCAGCAACAGUGUCUGGAGCUGCGAAGUCAAGUGAUCAGCCUGCGCUCCCAGGUCGACACCAGCCAGACUGUACAGAGGGACUUUGUCCAGCUUUCUCAGUCUCUGCAGGUGAAGCUGGAGUUAGUUCGACAGGCUGAGAGUCUGGAACAAGUGAAGGAAAUCCUGGAAGAGGGAGUCAGUGAAGCAGGUUCCUCGCCUGCAGACGCCUCGUGAGUCUUAAAAAGUCACAUUGGAACCAAAGAGCAUGGACCAAGAUGAAACAUCCUCAGAGUGACUAAUAAAGGCCAACGUACCAUGGCCACAUUAAAUACAGACUCUGUGGAAUCAACACAGCUGCUGCUGCUAGCACAGUAUUGUGACACCAGAUAAACUCCUAAACAGAGACAUGAUGCUUUUGUUUGUUUCAGAGGUGACAGGUUUGGUGUCAGUGACUCAAACUGUUGCCUAGUGACCAAAGCGAUCUUUGAUGAACCAUGAUUUUUUUUGAUAACACUGUUAAAUUGUCUCACACUCUCUUCAUCUAGUAACAUGUUCAUUUCUUUUCUAAAACAUAUGUAAAUUUAAUGUUUAUGAAACUGACACGACUCCAGCAGAACACUUAACAGUUCAACACUUGACUUUGCACUGUGCCAGUUAUUAAUAUGCAAACUACACAAUCAUUUUCCCAUGCAAACAUAUUUGUAAAGAGAUAUGAGGACCUGUACGACCUGUUCUUAGUGCAUCCACAAUAGCUUUUAGACUUCAAGCAAAUUUAUGAUCAUGGAUUAGGAACGAAGGAAAACUCCAUGGAGAAAAAUGUGAAUGAUUAACAUCUUGCCAUUGUUUUGUGCUAAUACACACUGAAAACUUA